GGUUCACCUCAGUCGUUCAAGAUGUCCACAAAGUUCAGUUUAAGAUUUUGGAUGAUUGUUGGGUUUUUGUGUUGCGUUUUGUGUCGCACAGACAUUUCUUGUAAAAAUGAAGCUGGUGACCCUGUUGACUGGUUCAUCAUCUACAAACUGCCCAGACACCAGAUCGGACAGAUUGGUAGUGGGGUGGAAUACAUGUACCUGGACUCAUCCGUAGGGAGCUGGAGGAUGAGUAAAUUCAUGAUAAAUACCACCCAAGGGGCCAUGGGGCACACGCUGAACCAGCUUUACAUGGGACAGACCUAUAAGUCUAACAGCUCAGUCUAUGGUUUUUACAAUGAUGCCCCACCACUCCUUGAUUAUAUCCGAAAAUACGGACACACCAAAGGGGCACUGCUCUUUGACCACUUUCAAGGUUUCUGGCUGUCUCACAGUGUUCCACAUUUCCCUCCAUUCCCUGAGAAUGGUUACAGUUACCCGUCUUCCGGCAAAGUCAACGGCCAGACUGUUCUGUGUGUGACCUACCCGUAUGAACAGUUCCUGCACAUCGCACAGCAGAUGGUGUAUCUUUAUCCACAUUUCUAUAACUGUUCUGUGCCUGCUGCGUUCUUGGCUGAGUUGCCACUGUUGGCGCGCUUAUGUGAGGGAAACAAACUACCAUUGGCAUCUGAAAAGAGAGUGGCACAGCUUGUUUCAGCCAAAGGGGGAAAAUUUGUCAGUUUUGUUAAAUCUGAACACUUUGUGGAUGAUAUCUACACAGGCUGGGUGGCUCAGGUCCUGCAGGCUGACCUGCUGGUGGAGACUUGGCAAAGACAAGGCCACGAGCUGCUCUCCAACUGCUCCUUGCCCAAGCACACCCUGAACAUCAGGAGGAUCAGGCUUUCCGGAUCAACCCUGUUCUAUUCCUACCACGAUCACUCCAAGUGGUGUGUGUCACAUGCUUACGAGGAUCAGGUGGCCUGCUUGGGGGACCUGAACAGGGAGAAGGCCCAGCUGUGGCGUGGGGGAGGACUAAUCUGUUCCUUCGACCCUGUGAUCUACAAGGCCUUCCGGCAGGCAGUGGAUUGGUACAUUGACUGCUGAGAGAAGAACAUGAACUUUUCUCCUGUGGAGAAAAUGUUAUUUACACGACUAAAUUGACACAUACCAAAGUUGAGGGUGGCGGUCAACAGCAGUCAGUAUUAAACAUUUUUUACUAAUGGGCUAGUGGAAGUGUGACAUCAGUUUGGUGAACUUGUGUCCAUUUAAUUCAAUUUCUACUUCUGCUUCAUCUGUUAAUAUCAAUGGAAAGUGAUCACAUGUAGGAUUUUUACCAAAUCUUGUCCCAUGAAAAUUGAAUAAAUCUGAAUUAUAUUUGUGUUUUGGUACCCCCAGAA